GUUGUCGUGGUGGAGGCCGGGAUCCAUUCAAUCGACCACGCGAGAGUGUUCAUGUCGAAGAGGACGGUGCUGCGGGUGGACACCUCCUGCGCCAAGUGCAAGCGCAAGGUCAUGCUCGCCGUCUCCAGCCUCCAAGGUGUGGACAAGAUCGAGAUCGACUCGGAGAAGGGCACGAUGACGGUGACCGGCGGCGUGGACCCGGUGGACGUGGUGGAGGCCACCAGGAGGAAGGCCGGGAAGCGCGCUGACGUCCUCACCAUCGGCCCGCCGCCGUCCGCGUCGGCCGCGUCCAAGCCGGAGGAGAAGAAGAAGCCCGAGCAGCAGCAGAAGCCGCAGCAGACAUAUGUGGCGGCGGAGAGGAGGACGCCUGAGCCGCCGGUGACGCUGUACGUGCACCACGUCCCGCCGCCGCCGCCGUCGUGGCCCGCGUACGAGCAGUGCGCCGUCGUGCCCUACCACUACCAGCAGCAGCAGGACCCCUGCUCCAUCAUGUAGCUAGCUAGUUAAUCGUCUCUUCGUGCCAUCGUUAUCUGAAUCGUAGUACUACUAAUUCAUACUAUGUACGUAGGUAAUUCAACCCCGGAUCGAUACCUCUGCGCACUAGCAUCCCACGGUGAUUUUCCUUCGAGAGAAUUAGCUGAACUUUCUGAAUAAAUACAUAAUGUUAUUUUUUUGACAAA